AUGGGUCUCUCAAGUCGAUUGAUACUGCCUGUCGACAAUCAUUUCUUGCCCUCGAUCCCUGCUGGAUUUGGAUCCGGCAAUGGUAACAGCCCUGUACCACCGUCAGCCGGCGAAUACGAAGAUCCGUCACUCCUUGGUGGAGAAGCCACAGCUCAAGCCGAGCCGAGGAACGGGGUCAUUAUGGCCAUUGCUGUUCAAGCGAAAGGUAUCCUUGGAUGUGCCUAUCACAAUGCAGACGAGAAUAGUCUGUUCCUUCUACAGGACAUGUCCUGCACCGAGUCGUUGCAGUUUGUCGAGAUGCUCAUGCUUCAUAUCCAACCAACGACGGUAAUGUUACCUCUGAAGAUACCAGACGUGGUGCUUCAGUUCUUCGAGAAGCACCAGCGUAUCGUGGACCAAGGAUCUGGAAGGGAAAACUACAUUCUUCGACUCCUCAGUUCGACCGAAUUCAGUCUCGCCACUUCCAUAGACAGGUUAGCGAAUCUAACGAUCGCCACAUCAAAACAUGCCUUGAUGACGGCUGCAAGCUUCAGCUUCUCAAAACACGGCUUACAUGGUCCUCGGGAGGAGUGCCAGGAUUUCAAGAGUAUGUGUCUCGGGUCUUUUAUCGAUCUAGACAGCGUUGUAUCGAUUGGCUGUGCCGGUGCCGUACUAUGCGAGACUAUGCGACUUCAGAAUAUAGAAAGAGCAUCAGAAGAUGCAGAGAGAACUUGCAAGGCGUCGCUUCAGAUGUUUGCUCUAGCGGACUUCAUGUUCGUGAACGCUGAUACACUAUCCUCCCUCCAGGUAUUCCAGUCCGAGCUACACCCAAGCAACCUAAUAUCAGGCAUGGGAAAAGCAGCUUCCGGAUCGAAAGAGAGCCUCUCUCUAUUCGGUAUCUUUCAUCCGCUCGCCGGCACACCCCAGGGAAAGGCAAGGCUUAGACAACUUUUCUUGCGUCCACUAGUCAAUAUCGACAUGAUUCGGGAGAGGCAAGAGACCAUAGCGGUAUUCUUGCAGCCUGGAAAUGAAGAGGCACUUGCAAGCAUAUCCAAAGCAUUGCGGAAGGUCAUGGACAUCAAGAAACCUCUGUCUCAGUUACAAAGAGGCGCAGCAGAGUCUCCAGGUGGUAGCGCUUCAAUUGAGCGUGGUGUUUGGUGGACUCUAACUCGGUUUUCACUCCAUGUGCUACAGCUCAGAGACACUAUACUUCAAUUGAGAAAUGCAAAUGCUCUUGUCAUCAUUCAAAAGAUGGUGCACGUCGUCUCUGUGGACAUAUUGACCGCAAUUAUAAACCUGAUUGGGAAAGUUGUCGACUUUGAGGAAACUAAGGCAAACUCACGCAUCGCUGUGAGAUUGCACGUCAACACUGAGCUGGACGACUUGAAACAGACAUACCAAGGGCUGGAAUCCCUUUUGAAUGAGGUCAGUACGGCAUUGUCCCUGGAGAUCCCGACGUGGGCUCGCAAAUUUGUCACAGGCUGUGUUUUUUGGCCGCAACUAGGCUUCCUCACAGUUGUUCCUCUACUCGACGGUAAUAAGGCAGGCUACGAAGGUCAUGGACUGCUCAGUGACCGUUGGGAGCAAAGAUUUACCGCGAACGGCAACGUAUACUUUAAGAACAACCUCAUGUUGGAGUUAGAUGAUCACUUCGGUGACACUUACAGCAGGAUUGUUGACCUUGAGAUUGAUAUCUUACACAAUUUAGCCUGCAAAGUCCUCGAGCAUGAGGAUAUCCUCAGUCGCGUGUCUGAAGUUUGCGGCGAGCUCGACUGCCUUGUGGCUCUCGCGAGCGGAGCGCUAAAAUAUGGCUGGACAUGCCCAACUAUGACAGAAGACAAUGUUGUCUCGAUCUACGAAGGGCGCCACCCCCUUCAGGAGCUGGCAGUACCUGCAUUCGUCUCCAACGACUGCAAUCUCACAGGUGGCCCUGGCGACGACUCAAGCAGAAGACCGGCAACGCCGCCAGCAAAUGAUAUGAACGCCAGCACACUGAUCAUUACAGGACCAAAUCAUUCGGGAAAGAGCAUAUAUGUCAAGCAGGUAGCACUCAUUGUUUACCUUGCCCACAUGGGCAGCUUCGUGCCCGCUACUAGCGCCACCAUUGGUCUCACAGACCAAAUUUUAACCCGCAUCUCGACGCGGGAAAGCGUAUCACAAGUGGAGAGUGCCUUCGGUAUCGAUGUGAGGCAAGUAGCGUUUCUGCUGAAUUGUGCUACCCGCCGUACACUCAUUGCCAUCGACGAAUUUGGCAAAGGAACGGCAGCUGAUGAUGGAGCUGGGUUGAUGACUGCCCUCAUUGACCAUUUCAGCACACUCGGUUUACAGUCUCCGAAAGUUAUGAUCACAACACAUUACCAUGAGAUAUUCGAAGGUGGUUAUCUUCAGGAACGACCAGGGUUAUCACUUGCCCACAUGGAGGUCCGUCUUGACAUCGACGCCGGCCAGAUGGAGGACCAAGUGGUUUUUCUUUACCAUCUAGUCUUCGGAGGGAACACAUCGAGCUUUGGGAGCAGGUGUGCAGCGCUGAAUGGAAUCGAUACUGCGGUGGUUGAUCGAGCUGAGGCAAUUGUUCUGCUUCUAGCGCGGAAUGAGGAUCUUGGGGCAGCGUGUGCUAGGUUGGGUGCUGAAGACGAAGCUCGGCUUCAAGAAGCUGAGAACGUUUCCCGCAACUUCCUUCAAGUCUGCUUGGAUGGCCCUGAAGUAGUUCGGUCUGGACGGCGACAUAGUGCGUCUGUCAUGGACAUGUUGCGGGAUCUCCUCGAACCGGCAGUAAUCGAGUGA